AUGUGGAGACAAAGAGAGUGGUCGAGGAGCACCGAGGCCCAGCACGUUCCUGAAGAAGCCACUUUCAGGCUCCUGGCCACCUUGCUGUCCCUUCCACAGUGGAUUCUGCAGAGCUGUGUAGUGGUCAUCUGGUUCAUCCUUCGCUGGACUGUUGGAAGAGGGCCCAGAAGCACCCUUGCAGACUCUCAGCGUUCUCAUCUCUCCUCCUUCACCAUGAAGCUGAUGGACAAAUUCCACUCACCCAAAAUCAAGAGAACGCCAUCAAAGAAGGGAAAACCAGCUGAGGUGUCUGUGAAGAUUCCAGAGAAGCCUGUGAACAAAGAGGCAACAGACAGAUUUCUACCAGAGGGCUACCCUAUCCCCUUGGAUCUGGAGCAGCAGGCAGUAGAAUUUAUGUCCACCAGUGCUGUGGCUUCCAGGUCUCAAAGGCAGAAGAACCUGAGCUGGCUGGAAGAGAAAGAGAAGGAAGUUGUCAGUGCCUUGCGCUACUUUAAGACCAUUGUGGACAAAAUGGCUAUUGAUAAGAAGGUACUGGAGAUGCUUCCAGGGUCUGCCAGCAAGGUGCUGGAGGCCAUCUUACCCCUGGUGCAGAGCGACCCUCGAAUUCAACACAGCUCAGCCCUCUCCUCCUGCUACAGCCGAGUGUACCAGAGUCUCGCCAACCUCAUUCGUUGGUCUGACCAAGUGAUGCUAGAAGGUGUGAACUCAGAAGAUAAAGAGAUGGUGACAACUGUGAAGGGGGUCAUCAAAGCCGUGCUGGACGGAGUGAAGGAGCUUGUCAGACUUACUAUCGAGAAGCAGGGGCAUCCGUCUCCAACAAGCCCAGUGAAACCCAGUUCCCCAGCCUGCAAACCCGACGGCCAGUCUGAGCUCCCCUUGACAGAUCGAGAGAUGGAGAUUCUAAACAAGACGACCGGCCUGUCGCAGUCGGCCGAGGGGCUCCCAGAUUCCACGGAUGAAGAGGUCGCGCCCCCCAAACCCCCCUUACCUGGCAUUCGUGUGGUUGAUAAUAGUCCUCCACCAGCAUUGCCACCGAAGAAGAGACAGUCGGCUCCAUCCCCUACCCGAGUGGCUGUCGUGGCCCCCAUGAGUCGAGCCACCAGUGGCUCCAGUUUGCCUGUUGGAAUUAAUAGGCAGGAUUUUGACGUGGACUGUUACGCACAGAGACGACUGUCGGGCGGCAGCCACUCGUAUGGCGGCGAGUCGCCCCGCCUGUCCCCCUGCAGCAGCAUAGGCAAGCUCAGCAAGUCGGACGAGCAGCUGUCCUCUCUGGACAGGGACAGCGGGCAGUGCUCCCGGAACACAAGCUGUGAAACACUAGAUCAUUACGACCCUGACUACGAAUUCCUCCAGCAAGACCUCUCUAACGCAGACCAGAUACCUCAGCAAGUGGCCUGUAACCUCAGCCCGUUGCCAGAGUCCUUGGGGGAGUCUGGGUCUCCGUUUCUCGGCCAUCCUUUCCAGUUGCCUCUGGGCAGCUGUCCCCAGCCAGAGGGGCCGUCGGCCCCAGGGCAGCAGAUGGACGUGCCGCCUGCUCUUCCCGAGAAGAAACGCAGGAGCGCGGCCUCCCAGACGGCGGACAGCUCUGGCUGCAGGGCGUCCUACGAGCGGCACCCCUCGCAGUACGACAACAUCUCCGAGGAGGACCUGCAGAACCCGGCCUCGGUCCAGUCCGUCCCCUUCACGCCCUUUGCUGCUAUUCUUCCCUUUCAGCAAGGAGGUUCCUCAGCCUCUGUUGAAUUUGUGGGUGAUUUCACUGUUCCUGAAUCAACGGGUGACCCAGAAAAACCUCCUCCUCUACCAGAGAAGAAAAACAAACACAUGCUAGCCUACAUGCAGCUGCUCGAGGACUACUCGGAGCCGCAGCCCUCCGUGUUCUACCGGACGCCGCAGAAGGAGCACGUCUACCAGCAGAAGAACAAGCUCCUCAUGGAGGUGUACGGCUUCAGCGACCCUUUCAGUGCCGGGGAUGCCCCGCAGGAGCUCGCCCCGCCCCCCGCCCUGCCCCCCAAGCAGCGGCAGCUGGAAUCACCAGCUUCGAAGGACGGACAUCCCAGAGAUGCCUCGUCGGCCGGCAGUGCACCUGGGAAGGAAAGCAGGGACGGCGGGGACAGGGCCCCAAAGUCACCAGAUGCUCCAGAGGCUCAGUCGGAGGAGGAAGUAGACGAGCUGUCCCUCAUUGACCACAAUGAAAUUAUGGCAAGGCUGACGCUCAAGCAAGAGGGCGACGACGGACCAGACGUCCGGGGAGGAUCUGGUGACAUCCUACUGGUCCACGCUACUGAGACGGACAGGAAAGAUCUGGUGUUGUACUGCGAGGCCUUCUUGACCACCUACAGGACCUUCAUCUCCCCUGAGGAGCUCAUCAAGAAGCUGCAGUACAGGUACGAGAAGUUCUCUCCUUUUGCCGACACAUUCAAGAAGCGCGUCAGCAAGAACACGUUCUUCGUGCUGGUUCGGGUGGUGGACGAGCUCUGCCUAGUGGAGUUGACGGAAGAGAUCUUGAAGCUGCUGAUGGAGCUGGUCUUUCGCCUGGUGUGCAACGGGGAGCUCAGUCUGGCCCGUGUGCUCCGGAAGAACAUCCUGGACAAGGUGGACCAGAAGAAGCUGCUCAGGUGUGCCAACUCCGACCAGCCCCUGGCGGCCAGGGGCGUAGCAGCCAGGCCCGGGACCUUGCAUGACUUUCACAGCCAUGAGAUAGCUGAGCAGCUGACACUGCUGGAUGCCGAGCUCUUUUAUAAGAUAGAGAUUCCAGAGGUUUUGCUUUGGGCAAAAGAGCAGAACGAGGAGAAGAGCCCCAACUUGACCCAGUUCACGGAGCACUUCAACAACAUGUCCUACUGGGUUCGGUCAAUCAUCAUGUUACAGGAAAAGGCCCAAGACAGGGAACGGCUGCUCUUGAAGUUCAUCAAGAUCAUGAAGCACUUGCGGAAGCUGAACAACUUCAACUCCUACCUGGCCAUCCUGUCCGCGCUGGACUCGGCCCCCAUCCGCAGGCUGGAGUGGCAGAAGCAGACCUCAGAGGGCCUGGCGGAGUACUGCACGCUGAUUGACAGUUCAUCCUCCUUCCGCGCCUACCGGGCCGCCCUCUCGGAGGUGGAGCCGCCGUGCAUCCCAUACCUGGGGCUCAUCCUGCAGGACCUCACCUUCGUUCACCUAGGAAACCCAGACUAUAUUGACGGGAAGGUGAAUUUUUCCAAACGGUGGCAGCAGUUCAACAUCCUGGACAGCAUGCGGUGCUUCCAGCAGGCGCAUUACGACAUCCGGAGACACGAUGACGUCAUCAACUUCUUCAACGACUUCAGCGACCACCUGGCCGAGGAGGCGCUGUGGGAACUGUCUCUGAAAAUCAAACCCAGGAACAUAACACGGAGAAGAACAGACCGGGAAGAGAAGACCUAG